GUCGCCUUUGCAGUCGCAGCCGCAGCCGCAGUCGCUGUCACAGCCAGUGAGCUAGUCACAUUCGCCGACGAUCCAAAACAAAGCGUCAGAGCGGCCCAGAGCCCCAUAGACGUCGAAACGGAGUGCGGACGAAGCGGUUCGAUCGUGGUUCGCUGGGCCGGCUGCCAUUGGUUCAUGGGCUUACAGUACAAGAGGCGGUGCAGACCGAGAGCCAACUGCCAACUGACUGACGGCUGUUAGCCGUAAUUCGCUAAUUUGCCGCGAAGAAAAUCGCCUUUGAACCCGGCCUGGGAAAUCGUGCGCGGGCUUUCGAAAGCGAAAAUCGCAAUAAAAAGUGCUCGGGUCGGGCCCGGCGAGUAAGUGCGCAAUUUGUGUGACAGCCGAAAAAUAAGUGAAUCGAAAGAGCGAAUGGCCACAGAUAUUGGGCGUGAAAAAUAGAAACACAUGUACUGUCGCAGAAACCAGUGCCAAGUGUCAAGCGAUUGGCUUGAACCCACGCGAUAAGCACGCGGCUAAAAUAUAUAAAUCAGAGGAAAAGCCACUCGACGUCAUGCACACCUUCAAGAGGGGGUUCUUUUGCUCGGACCUCAGUAUCCGGUAUCCUUACAAGGACUGCACCAUCACGGUGCCCAUGCUCCUGGUCAUGAUGCUUCUGAUGCCGAUGCUCUUCGUGGCCGUGGUGGAGAUCAUGCGCAUCUGCAAGCGCUUCCGCACCCGCCUCUACCUGCGCAAUCUAUGGCGGGCGGAGGCCACCUUCAGCUUCGGCUUCAUUGCCACCUAUUUGACCACGGAGAUGGCCAAGCACGCGGUGGGCAGGCUAAGACCGCACUUCUUUCACGGCUGCCAGCCGCGUCUUGAUGAUGGCAGCACCUGUUCAGAUCCCCAGAAUGCCGAUCUGUACGUGGAACAGUUCCACUGCUCCAACCACAACCUCUCCACGCGGCAGAUCCGCGAGCUGCACGUCAGCUUCCCAAGUGCCCACAGUAGCCUGAGCUUCUAUUCGAUGGUACUCCUGGCCCUGUAUGUCCACGGUGUCUGGCGGAGUCGGGGUGGAGUCCGCGUCCUGCGCCACGUCCUGCAGUUCCUGCUCUUAAUGGCCGCCCUGUGCGUUUCCCUGAGCCGAGUGGCCGACUAUUGGCACCAUUGGUCCGAUGUCCUGGCCGGAGCGCUGCUCGGAGUGACCUACGCUACCAUAACCGCCGCCUAUGUAGGUAAUCUUCUGCGUCGUCGCACUCGUCCCGCAGGCAGCUGCCCGCCUGCCCUGAACUACAGCCACCACCUGCACCAUCAACUGAUGGCGGACAACAACAACUCAACGGCCUCCGCCAAGGUUCACUUCCUGGCGGCUGCUGCCUCUGCUUCCAUGACCACUACCACCCCCUUGGACGACAUUCAGGACUCGGAUAUAGAGGACUCCAGGGACUCGGAGGACUCACACGACUCGCACGAUUCUCACAAAGAGGACGACGACGAUGACGAGGACUUCAAGCUGCAAGUAUCGCGCCCCUCCACUCCACCCACGGAUCUGACCCACGUCGUCUAAGACAGUAAGCUGGAAACCGGGGCGAAUGAGGAAUAAUCAGGCUUAUCGGCCUGCCGGCUGCUAUUUCGACUAUUUUUCCAUUUAGAAAUCGAAGCAAACAGAAAUAUGUGAUAAGCGCGCGGCGCACUCUCUACCUGAUAUGCCACUGUCCACCCCCACACCUCCUCCUUCGAAUUCCACAGCGACCAAUCGGUUGUGCAACCUCGCCUCCGAUCCGGGAAAACGAUUCGGCCUUCAAGGCUGGAAGGCGAAUCGCAAGAAUUUUGGCUAUGAGCGAGUAUCUCGCCAAAAGUAUCUGCCGCCGAUGUCGCAAAGCCAGAUCGGGGCUCUGUAUCUUGGCGAAGCCACUGGCUCUCCAGCUACUGGCGACUUGUUUGUUUGUAAACAAUGCCGCAGUCACGUCGCAGUCGCCACUGCCGCUUUUGAAGUGGCCAGCCCGCCAACGUGGAGCUCCCGCUACAGCUCCAGCGCCAAUCAGCUGCGGCAAUCUCGAGGCAGCGACGCCGGCUGCAGCGCCUUCUGGCCGAUAAUGCAUUUUUAAUAAUAAAUAAUGCACGAGCUUAGAGCUGGGCAGCUCAGCAGCUCAGCAGCUCCACAGCUUCGAAAAACUGUCGCAUGCGAGGAUGGAUGCGAGGCGCGAGAUUUAUGAACAAAUCAAUUGAGUCGAGUUUAAUUUUAUUAUUUGUUUUAUGUUAAUUAUGUUUGCCCCUCGACAGAUUUUAAGGCUUAAUGUAAGUGUUUGCUCUACAGGCUGAAUAAAUAUUUAUUGCCCAAAUGA